AAUAUGAUUUCAGAAAUCCUGCGCAUCCAAACCAUGUGCUCCCUGGCUUCCCCAAUCCAACUUAUGGUGUUGCCUUUCAUUUUAAUUGUACUUUUCUGGCUAUAUACUCAUUUCAUUGAUUCAUUCCUCGGAAACAUUUCUCCUCUCUUGGGUUUCCAAAGGAUUCAUGCCAAGUGAUCGAGGGCAGGUCGAAAAGCAAGCCAACCCAAUGAAGCAGAGCAGCAGCCCACCGCAAAGUACUGCAGUUACUGCCAGCGAACACCACAACCAUCAAUUGUACCAUGAUAACUGCUAUGUGAAAUUCAACGGCAACCAUGGACGGAUCCUCAGCCUCUUGCUCAAGUUUGUUCUUGCCUUCUCUGUCAUCCUCUGCUUUGGUGACCUGAUUGUCAUGCUCCUUCUCAGACCAGCCAUGGUUGAAGUCAGCUUUGAGAAGGCAUCACUAACAAAAUUCAGCAUCACCAACAAGAACAUCCUGAAUUUCAAUCUUGCGUUGGAUGUUAGAGUGAGGAGCCCCAACAAGAAAAUUGGCAUCUAUUAUGAAAGCCUUGAAGCAGUUGCUUUCUACAGGGGCGAGCGGCUUGGUUCCGUUUCGGUGCCAAGUUUCUAUCAAGAGCCUGAAAACACGACGUAUGUUCACCCUGUAUUUAGGGGCCGCUUCCCGGCCGGUCUCGGUUAUGGUGUUUUCCGGGAUUAUAUUAAUGGGAGACAUCAGCGUUGGUUUCAAGUUGACGUUAAGUUUUUCACUAAGUUGUGGUUGAAGAUAGGGCCUCUGAGUGCAGGGAGAUAUGAACCAGAGGUGAAUUGCCCUUUGUUGGUUCACUUGGGCUCUGUAACUUCAUCAAAAAAUGCAGAGCUCAAAUGGUCAAGAUUCUUGGAGGAAAAAGGAAACUACUGA